AUUUUUCAGAUAACUUUUAAUACCGUAAGCCUCUAAGUACAUAUCUAGCCAGCAACCAAGACUUAUACAAAUUACCUCUUACCUUACCUUAUCUUAGGUAUUCUAGGUUACCUGUAGAGUUACCUGUUAUAUUUAUGCCUCAUAUUUGAGCUGGAAGUCACACGAACCUCUAGGAAGUGCAAUCGUUAGUUGAGCGGCGACGCUCAAAUCCGUUGGCAUGGCGUCUUCUCCGAUUAUCACGGCUACUGUUCAAUCCGCAGUUCUUGCAGCUGUUUCUAACCUUUUGGCGCAAGGUCUGACAGCGUAUCAGAAUGAGGUUCCUCUUGUCAUCGACUGGGUGCCAGUGUUUCAAUUUGUGCUUUACUCAUUUCUCAAUGUACCCCCUAACUUCUUGUGGCAAGAAUUUCUGGAGGACUCUUUUCCGGGAUAUCAUAUAAUCCCUACCUCCGCCGCUGUAGCCUCUGCAGCAGCAAACGAUGAGAAAGCCCUCCAGAACGAGGAGGAGGAGGGAAAGCUGGUAGAACGCAAACUCCACCUUGGCAACACGGUCAUCAAGAUGAUUCUAGACCAAACCGUCGGUGCAGUCGUCAACACAUUCCUCUUCAGCCUCUUCAUUCAUUCUAUUCAGGAUGCUAUGCUGCGUCCCCUCGGCGCACCACUCAGCGGCCCGGCCAAGAGUGCGCAAUAUCUAUUCUCUCGAGAUGCUAUCAACUACGGUAGAGUCAACUGGGCCGACGUACUUGCUCGCAGCCGCGCCGAGUUUUACGAACUUCUCGUUGCAGGAUGGAGGGUUUGGCCAGUCGUCAGCUUGAUCAACUUCGCCUUCAUCAAAAGCAUCCAGGGCCGCAACCUCGUUGGUGGUCUUGCCGGUGUUGGCUGGGGUAUUUAUAUGAGCCUCAUUACCGCUCGUUAGGAACGGGAGUUGAAACUCGCACGACUGAACUUAGAAAUAUCAGAAUGUGGCCUCGACUUUGCCUCGGCCAUGGGGAUGGCAAUUCCAUUUUCAAUUUCACCGUUCUUUUUCAGCGCUUUUCGAAACGGGAUUAUAGCUUAUAUUUUCUCCGAUACACGUAUGCAUUGGUCACGCCGUACUUCGUUGAUGAUUUUAUUCAGAUGGCACAUCACUUCUCCCACUCUGUAAAAUGUUCGGCUACUGCUUCUACGUUCUCCCACACACGCGCAUUAUCACUACACUACGCACCCCUUUUAAUAUGUCAUUUUUAACAGCAUUAUUGAAUGAUCAUUGGCCCCCUCUUCCUCUGGAGAUAUAAGUCACGAACUGCAAAUACAGCCCACUGUGACUUAUUAUGGUAUAUAUUUCUUAAAUGGCCGGAAAGUGUCUCGUUACCUAGAACUAGAUAGAUACCUCUAUACCAGGUACACGAAUAAAUUAUAGUGAGCUACAGGGAUUGAAGAAUUACUAAGUCAACAACAUAUUUAUUUUCAAUAUGAACGAUUUUCGCGUCGAUAGCAAGAGGAUACUAUACUUCAAGUGA